ACAUGAUGGCCAACGUCACGGCGACCGAGGUGCUGCUGGACAGUGGGGCUGCUGUGCGUGAUGAAGGGGAUGAUGCCCCGCUGGUCAAGACGUCGGAUGGGACACAAACAAGAUCCUCGGGGCUGGCGAUCGGCUUCACCCCCAGAAAUGCAGCCCCGUCACAUCCCACACCUGCAUACGAGACAGCCCUGCUCGAAGUCUAUCGUCGGCUGUUCGAGUACGAACGGACACUGGCGAGCCGCCACUUCUCUGGGAAGACGGCCAUGCACCGUGCCUGCCUGGCCCCGCCCGGCUUGUCGACAGCCUUCAUGCGCGGCUAUCUCGACUUGUUGGAGGCCAAUGGUGCCUCCCUCGAUGCCAGAACCGAUAAUGACUCGACGCCAUUGAGCAUGGCUGUGAGGUGUGGUGACGCUGGCCCCCCAGUGGUCGAGUGGCUGUGUGAGCGGCUCGGGCCCGACGAGAUAAACAGCGAGAACAACAAUGCUGUGGGGCUGCAAAGGACGGCACUGGGUGCGGCGGCGCAUCGCCUCGCGGAGCAGCUCAGCGAAGAGGGGACCCCGCCCGAAAAGAUCGACCGGCAAAGGCAGAUCAUCCGCACACUGCUGCGAUAUGGUGCGGACAUCGGCCUCCUCCCCACCGACCAUUCCAGCCGGCGAUACGCGCGCAACCUAGUGCUGGAGAUCCAGCAAGGGAUGCAGCAGUCUGCGGCGAAGGGUGCGGGUGGCUCUGAGGCGAGUGGGUCGUCAGUGCCCUCCACCGCUCCGUCCACAAGGUAAGUAGGCAAGAACCAUGCACACCAACUGCGGCUGACGAAUGUCUUAGUGUUUCUCUCUAUGGAUGUGUGUGGUGUGUGUGUAGCCGGUCAGGUGCUCCGAUCGACGAGGACGCCCGUCAGCCGUCUUCGUCAAGUGCCCAUACGUGAGCCGUACACUCAAACGACGCGAUGGACAGCGCCAUAUCAUCAGUCUUACAUCUUUCGUCGCUCUUUGUGGCUGCUCUCCUCUUUGCAGUAGUGCUGCUGUGGCCUCUGCUGCUGCCAGUGAAUCUGCCCCUGUGCAGUCGACUGCCGAGAGAUGGAAGGACGCUGGCAAUGCUCUGUUUGCGGCCGAAAAGUAUCUCGACGCCUACUGCUCGUAUCUCAAGGUGCCCCUCACACAGUGACUGUGACGUAUGACCCGUAGAUGGACACGGCUUCCUGCUGUUGUCUCUCCAUAUGGUGUCAGGGCAUCCGAGCGGAGCGUGAGACUAUCGCUGAGCUGCUCAUUCGCCGCUCCCAGUGCCUCAUCGGGCUGGGGAGCUACCUCGCUGCCUUCAUCGACGUCACCACCGCUCUCCGCAUCCUCCCGCCCCCACACUCCAUCGAGCCAGGCGGCAAGUACGCCAUCCUCCAGGAGAACGCCGUGAAGCUCUACAAGCCCCUCAUCGCGCAGCUCACCGGUGCAGCUUUCAACCAUGAUGACCAGGACGUCGAUCUGCCAUCGAAAGAAGCGAUCGCGGCACUCAUGACGGCCGCCAUGAUGCAGCUGUCGGCCGCUCGACAGACCGGCCGGUCGUCGAGGCACCGCAGCAAGUGACGGAUGCGCUGACGGAGGGCGCGGCGCUGCAGGACAGCGAGAGAUAUGCCGAUGUGCGUGACGUCUUCACUGCUGGUCUGGCGGCCGCUGAUGUGUCGACCCUCGUGGCACUGCUCUGCAACGCGGCUGCGUGUCUGCUCAAGCCCGACUUGAUCAAGGAGGGAGGGCCGGAUGCCGUCGGCUGUGCGGCCGCCGCCUUUCAUCUGAGCUGCCUCAAGGGGCCCUGUGAGCAGCUGAGUGUCAUCCAGCAGAAGACGCUCAUUCGGCUGGGCCAGGGGCUGCUGGCGGAGCGGCUGUUCGACGCUGCCGAUGCCGUCGUCCAGGCGCUGACCAAACAUGUAAGCUGCCGAUGGGACGCUCAUUAGAUGGUGACGAUCGUGUGGCUGUAUGUGUGUGUCUUCCAGGAUCUCGAGCGUCAAUUGGCCACAGACGUCAACAAACUCCAAGAGCGAAUCCGCACCCACGCGGCCAACGCCAGCGGAGAGUAUGACUGGGCGGCCAUCUACCGACAGGCAAUGGGCAACGCACAGAACAAACAGAACGGCAGAUCGACAACCACCGUCGACGUGGCUGAGUACGUCGGGCCUCUCGCCAUCCGCCACGCCCCCGACAGCCAGCCGGCCCUCAUCGCCACAGCAAAAGUCCGGCCGGGGCAGCUGCUGAUUGUCGAGAAGCCCGUCGUGGUGGAGCGGCCAUCGUCCUCGCAAGACAGUAGGCGAGUCGACGAGAGGCUGUUGGAGCGCCUGACAUCUCAGUGUGACGUUUGGCACCCCCGGCUGGUCUCUCAGCUGUGCUGUCUGCCGCCCAGCAGGGGGCAGCCAUCGGCCAUAAGGGGGCCCCCCGCCCCUGAGACGUGUCUGGGGCUGCCUCCAGCCUAUUUUCCCCUGGUGCCGCGGUUCAUCUGGUCCGCCACCGGGGAGGAGUUCGGUUCUCCCGUGGCACAGAUGGACCGUGACCCUGACCGCCUCCGCCGGCUGCUGCAUUUCAACAUCCGCACUGCUGACGAUAUCAUUGACACCUCCAUCCAGGGCUCGGUUCCUCCGGUGCUCAUGGCAGGUGAUACAAUGUGAGACGAACAAAUGGCUGAGGUGGAUGGCUUUUCAAUGGGUUUCCCCUCGGUCUUCUUCUGCUUUGCAGGGGGCCUGUGGCCGUUGGCAUCGCUAUUGAGCCACGGCGGACUGAGCCGCAAUGCCAUCUGGUAGGGACGCCAGUGACACGCAGAGAUUUUGAAACCAUGCGUGCAAGACCAUUUAUCUGAUGGACACAGGUACGUUGUGGAGGAGAAUGUGAUGGUCGUUCGUGCUGUUCGCCCUAUCGCCCGCGGCAACGAGGUCACCGUCUCCUACUGGGACCUACUUCACUUCCCAUCCCAAGAGAGGGAGAUAGCACGCCACUAUCAGCUGCCCGAGCCCCAGUACAGCCCCCACGUCCUGUCGGUCAUCGAGCAAGUGCAGCAGCGGCUGAGCUCCAAGGGCUGGCGAGAAGUGAGCGACCUGCGCGAGGUGGACGAGAUGCUGCAGAGGGUGCGGGGGCUGAACAUCGAGACCCUCCUGAUAUCGAGGCUGCUGCAGCUGCGAGCAUUCAUCUUCUACGAGAUUUCUCGGAAGGAGGAGGCCGCCAGGGCCUUUCGUGAGGCGAUCGACCACUCGCGGUCACUGCGGUCUGAUGACAUAUCGGACCUCUCCCUCAUGGCGGCGUGCGUGCGCUUGACGAGGAGCAGCCGAGCCAGAGCGGCGAUUGUGGACGAGCUGAAGAGGUCGUCUGAGCUGCUGCUGGGCACGAGCGAGGCCGCCGACAUCCUCUGGCCGUCUUGACUCUCUCGCCCUUGUUCCCAGGCUUGUUUGCGGGCGGAAUAGGAGGGAUAUCGGGGGCGGUGCGUGUGUAUUUGUACAUGUGUCCUCAUGUUCGCACUCAUACUGUGAGCAGCUCGAUAUCGAUAGCCAUGUGUGUGUCUUAUGCUCCGCUCUGUCUGACUGAUGUGGCGCAUCAGUGGCUUGCUGGCUGGCCGAUCCGUUUACUUGCCACACGACCAAUGUGCCACACGACCGUGUGUCACGUCGUCAUAACACACGUCGGCACAUGUACAUGUAUGUAUGUAUGUGUGUGUAUGUAUCUGCGGGAACCAAGCGUACGUUCGAGUGCUCUCGUCUCCCUCUCCCUCUCCCUCUCUUCGUCUCUCUCUGUGUGUGUAUGUCAGUGACGGGUCGAUUCGUCGUUUUUGCUGCCUCCGUCUGAGUUCGCUGUUUCUGUCUGAUGGGGGUGCUGCUGUUUCUCAUGAGCCCAGCAAGCCAGCCAACGACAGAAGCUUUCCCCCCGUCGAAGCGGCGCCAAAUCACUGACAGUCACGCGGACAAAGACAGACAGCAGGACGAAGGUCACCGUGUGUAUGCGUAUGUAUUUGUGUGUGUGCAUGGUCGCCUCUCGAUUCCACGUCUGGGCUGUGCUAGCUAUAUACGUGUGUGUGGGCCGAAAGUCCCUGUGCGAGACGUUUAUUCAGAGAAGCCUUUUUAUGUAUGUCUGUAAGAGCGCGUCCUGGUCGCUCAGACAGACAGACCGAGUGGCAGACAGACACACCGAGAGACACACAGAUUGUUGGAUGGAUGGAUGGUUCAUCCAUUGUCAGUGCGCGGAGAUUGGGGGUUGCCUGUGU